UGGAACGUCAAAUUCAACUCAGUUAUUUACUUUGCACAAUGAAUAGCAUUUCGAAGCUCCUCGUGUUGGCAGCCAUCCUCUUCCUUAGCCUGGGAUCUGUCUGGUCUCAGGCUCCCUAUAAGAAGUGUGCCAAUGGGAAAGGGUUCUGUGUAUCAGUUCGCCAUCGCUGCAGGGCAAUAGCACCGCCCACUGAAUGCGGCCCAAAUGAAAAGUGCUGCAAGAGGUAGUUGAAAACCCUCAUUCAAACUGAGCUGGGUUUUAGUGAAAUAAAAAGCUCAAACCUUCCUCUUUGAAUCCAAAUCUUA